CGGGUCGGGCAGCGAAAAUUGUAUUAUUGUUCGAAGUUGGAACUCAUUUCACCUAACCCAUGCAAAAUGAGUCUAGAGGGUGAUGAAGAUCUCGAUAACGAAUUGGCAUGCUCGGCAGAGCAAGCAGAAAAGCAGGUCCUCCGGUCAGAUGAAAUUAAAGAAGAACAAGCUCUUGAAGAUUUGGUAAAUGCUGAAGAAUUUCUCGCGGCUCACGGAAUCGCAAUGCUGGAAUAUGAGCGGCAAAUGUUUUUUGAUUUACUUCAUUCUGAUGCAUUAGUCGUAUGCGCUAAAGGAAUAACGUAUGAAAAAGUUUUACUCAAUCUGCUGAAAAUUUUUUGUGACCCUUCAACAUUAGUCUUAGUGAUCAACUGCUCAGACUUCGAGGAGAAAUUAUAUACUUCACUUCUGGACCGCCAGCACAUCCACGAAUCAUCCACCAAUGCUGCUGAACGCGAGAAAAAUUAUUUACUGGGCGGUAUUCAAUUUAUCAGCACCAGAAUUUUGGUGGUAGACUUGCUCAAAAACCGUAUACCUGUGGAACUAACAACAGGAUUGUUCGUUGUCAAGGCACAUGAAAUCAUUGAAUCAUGUCAAGAAGCUUUUGCUCUCCGUUUGUAUCGCCAAAAGAACAAAACUGGAUUUGUGAAAGCGUUUUCAAAAAACGUGGAAGCUUUCACUUACGGUUAUGGGCACGUAGAAAAAGUUAUGCGCAAUUUGUUCGUCAAAGAGCUCUUUGUAUGGCCUCGGUUUCAUGGGUCCAUUCAAAAGUCGCUCAAGCCGUUCGAACCAGUGGUUGUUGAAAUGCAAGUUCCCAUGACUCAAAACAUGAUUCUAUUGCAAAGUAAUAUACUGGACAUAAUGAAUUAUCUAGUAAAAAAUAUCAAAACUCUCAAUCGUAACGUUGAAUUGCAAGAAGUGACAGUAGAAAACUGCGUAACAAAAAAAUUUCACAAAAUCCUGCAAGCCCAGCUGGAUACUAUCUGGCAUCAAUUGAGUUCACAGACUAAAUUGAUUGUAGCGGAUUUAAGGUCUCUCCGCAAUUUGAUGAUAUCAACGAUUUAUCAUGACGCUGUUACAUUAUAUGCGACUAUGAAAAAAUAUCGUUCUACCGAUUAUGCCCUCAGUAAUUCGGGAUGGACUAUUCUAGACUCAGCAGAAAAAAUGUUUAAUAUAGCAAAAGAGCGCGUUUUUAACAGAAACGAUGAAUUUGAACCAGAGUUCUGUCCAAAGUGGAAAGUACUCUCUGACGUUCUUCGGCAAGAUAUUCCCGCAGACAUAAAAGAUACAGCGAAAAAAAUACGCAAACAAGAUGAAAGGACAAAAUACUUGCGUCAGCAAGUUAAGGUACUUAUACUUUGUCAGGAUGCUCGAACAUGUUAUCAGUUGUACCAAUAUCUUAUCCAAGGGCCUGAGAAGUAUCUUUUCUAUACGGCAAUGAAGAAUGAUGUGGUAGUUUCUAAGUUAAGUCAAAGUUAUAGUCAUAUUAGUCAUCGCACAGAAGAAAACCCAUUCAAAAUAGAACAAAUUGAGUCUCAUGUCAAACCAGUGCAAACGGAGGCUAAAAGGGAAUCCUUUACUGCAAAAGCAGAUAGUUCAAAACAAAAUGUUGGAUUUCUCAAUGAAAGAAUUGCGAGGCGACGAGUAGAAGCGGCAAAGAAAGCCGCCGAAGAAGAUGAGAUGCAAAGACGGGAACAGGACGAUGAACAAGGUUCUACGAAACUCUCCGAGAUGGAGUCUGAAUUGUUCUCCAAAGAUGAAAACGAAGAAUUGAUUUGUUUUCGUGAUUCUUAUAUACUAACAAUGUCACAAAAAGGAGAUGCAACACGUACUGUCACUGGUGAUGACGACGACGAUGAAGACAAUCUAUUCAACGCGACGCAUUUGGAGUGUGGGGAAUUCGAGUCUUUUGCAGAGCUUGAAAACUUGGACGUCACAAGAAUUGUAAACGAAAGCAAUCAGCCGUUAGUAUUUAUUCAAACCUUUAAAAGCGAAAUCAACGGGUUCACCUCUUUAGAUCGGACCUUGGAAGAAAUUAAACCACGUUACAUUAUUAUGUAUCACAGUAACGUUACAGCUAUACGAACAAUUGAGAUAUUUGAAGCUCGCAGACAGCGGCAGGAACUGGCAAGGGUUCGUGUAUACGUAAUUAUUCAUUCUAAAACUGUCGAAGAGCAAUCAUAUCUAACCGCACUACGAAGAGAGAAGCAAGCUUUUGAAUUGUUAAUUGAAACAAAACGGACAAUGGUGGUUCCUGAGUAUCAGGAUGGCAAAUCUGAAGAUUCAAUAACAAUGCUACAAAAAAGGCAGGAAAUCUCUUCUCGUCAAGCGGGUGGACAACAAGCAAAUGAAGAAACCAUUGUUACUCCAAGGAUAAUUGUAGAUAUGCGAGAAUUUCGAUCAGAUUUACCUUGUUUGAUUCACCGACGAGGAAUCGAAGUAGUUCCACUAACAAUCACGGUUGGAGAUUAUAUUCUUACGCCAGAGAUCUGUGUGGAACGUAAAUCAAUUUCCGAUUUGAUUGGUUCACUUAAUUCCGGACGCUUGUAUAACCAGUGUGUCCAGAUGACGCGGUGUUACAGUAAACCAAUCCUACUAAUUGAAUUUGACCAAAACAAGCCUUUCCAUCUACAGAGGCACUUUAUGAUGUCUGGAGACUCAGCGUCUUCAAAUGCAGAUAUAACACAAAAAUUACAGCUACUGACUUUACAUUUUCCAAAAUUAAAACUAGUUUGGUCUCCAAGUCCUUAUGCCACAGCCCAGCUAUUUGAGGAAUUAAAACAAGGGAAAAUGGAACCAGACCCAGAAGCAGCUGUGUUAGUUGGAUCCGAUGAAGCUGGCGGGCCAGCUGAGGUCGAGAGUAUUGCUGAUCGCUCAAAUCCGAACAUUCACGACUUUCUCAUCAAACUUCCUGGUAUCACAUCGAAAAACAUCGCAAAGGUAAUGCGCAAAUGUAAAAAUCUAAAGGAACUGUUACAGAGAUCCGAGGAAGAGCUUACAGAACUGUUAGGGAAUCAAGUACAAGCCAAAAUGAUGCGACAAAUUUUGCACGAGUCUCAUAAACCUGUGCAGGGAGAAGCUUAUGAAAAACAGUUUGUAUCCAAGUUCAAGCGCGGUAUGAAUAGAAAAUAUUGUUGACGUUUCCUCACUAUGGUAUUCAGUUACAUAGACUAUCACCAUACCAUUUUUUUAGAAUUUGCGUAGUAUUUGCAUAGUACUUUGAAAUAAAU